GAUUCUGGGAAACUCACCUUGAACAGGAGCUCACCUUCCACCCCUGACACCAUGACUCAUUCCUGCUGCUCCCCUUGCUGCCAGCCCACUGGCUGUGGGUCCAGCUGUUGUGGAUCCAGCUGCUGCCAGCCUUGCUGCCCCUCAACUCGCUGUCAAACCACCUGCUGUAGGACCGCCUGCUACCAACCAACUUGUGUGACCAGCUGCUGCCGCCCUUCCUACUGCAGCUCAACCUGCUGCCAGCCCACCUGCUCUGAGUCCAGCUGCUGUGGACAAACCUGCAGUGGGUCCAGCUGCUGCCAGCCUUGCUGCCCCUCAACUUGCUGUCAAACCACCUGCUGCCAGCCAGCUAGCUCUGGACCCGUGUACUGCCGGAGAACAUGCUACCACCCCACUUGCAUCUGCCUGCCUUGGUGCCAAGCACAGAGCUGUGGAUCCAGCUGCUGCCAGCCUUGCUGCCGCCCAGCCUGCUGUGAGUCCAGCUGCUGCCAGCCGUCCUGCUGCUGAUCCUCAUGCUGAAGACCUACCACACCCAUCACCUUCCAACUUCCAUCAGCCAACUCGGUUCCUGCAACAAAAUCACCCUCCAGGCUUUCUUAUCAUCAAACCAGCUAUUGGUUGUCUUCUCGUAAAGGGUCUUGAGAGUCUGCUUGAUGGAGUGCAGUCCACUUCACUUUCUUCUCUUGGCCUGUUGGUUGGUGUUCCAGGUCCUGGUCUACUUUAUCUGUGCUUGCUCGAGUCGUGCUUUCAUG